UAAAAAAACGUUUAAUGGCUGAAGCAGCCGUGUGCACACAUGAUACCACACCGGUGUCGCUAGCUUUAUCUUGAGGAUUUUAACGAAUAUAACAUCAGUAAUUGAUUGAACUGUCAUUUAAAAGCAUUUUCUCAGUUUCAACGCGGCUUUGCUGAAGGUGACUGCAGCAUGAGUGUGUUUGGAGGGGUGCUCGGGCGCGCGGUGACCGCCUGUCAAUCAUCGGCUCUGCUGUGCGCCAGACUCUUCAGCACAGGCUCGUGCGCCAGAAUACGAAUGCACGCGAUCCCCAAACUAAGAGAGGUGGAUCGAUGGACGGAGAAGAGAAGCAUGUUUGGAGUAUAUGACAACAUCGGGAUCCUGGGAGAUUUCAAAGCUCAUCCGAAAGAGCUGAUCGGAGGGCCGGUGUGGCUCCGAGGCUUCAGAGGAAACGAGCUCCAGCGGCUCAUCAGGAAGAAGCGGAUGGUGGGAGAGCGGAUGAUGGCCGAUGACAAGCACAUCCUGGACAAGAGGAUCAGCUUCCUGUACCGCCGCUUCAACAGAUACGGCAAACACAGAUAGACAGCGUCCUUCAUCUGUACGGAUGGGGAGGUCACGUGGUGGCAAGAGUUCUGUUCAUUUAUCUGUAAAAGCAUCUCUAUGUCUUCUUCAUUACAAAAGAUCAGGCUCAAAUGCUGGAGAUACAUUAAAAACAUUAAAAAAAGUCAUAAUUUCUCAAC